AGGACGGGGCUCCGGGCCCAGAGCAGGACCCCCGCGCCGCCAGCCGGGAGGAGCUGAAGGCCCAGGUCCAGGCGCUGCGCGAGCGGAAGGCGCAGCUCGAAGCUGAGGCCCUCCUCGGGGCGCCCCCGCCGGGCGCGGCCGGGCCCGCGGGCGGCGCGGCCACGGAGGACGCGGCGGGCGCGCAGGAGGCCGAGACCGACGCCCUGAGGCGCCGCGCUGAGAAGCUCGAGGCGCAGGUGGCGGAGCUGGCCGCCGCCAAGGAGGCGGCCGCGCGCAGCGCCGAGGCGGCGCGCGCCCUGGUGGAGGCCGCCGAGGCGAGGCUGCAGGAGAUGAUCGUCACCCGCGAGACGGAGCGCAUCCGCCUGGAGGCCGAGCGGGACGCGCUCCGCCGCCGCAUCGACGAGAACCAGCGGUGGCUGGAGGAGGAGGAGGCGCUCGGCGACGUCGAGGACGCCAGCGCCGUGCAGAAGAUGGUGGAGAGCGUGGAGGAGCGGCUCGCGCAGGCCAAGCGUCGGAACGACCAGGCCCGCGGGCGGGAGGCCUCCCUGCCGGAGCAGCACUCCCACAGCCGCGCGCCCGCCGUGGAGCGCCGCUGCGGGCGCCGCGCACGGCCGGCCACGAGCAUGCAGGGGCUGAGGCGGCUGCGCGACGACAAGGAGGCCGCCCUCCAGGAGCUGCGGCAGGCGGAGGAGGAGCUGGAGCAGGCGCGGUCCGAGAGCCGCGCGCGCCUGCAGCAGCUCGAGGGGCGCGUGGCGGAGGCCGCCCGCGAGUGCGAGCUGGAGGCCGAGCGGCGUCGGCAGCAGCUCGUCGCGGAGGCGUCGGCGCGGUGCGGCACGCUGGGCGAGCAGGCGGGCGCUGCGGAGCGGAGGGCUCAGACGGUGCGGCUGGCCAGGGCGGAGCUGGAGGUCUUCGUCGCCACGCUGGAGGCGGAGCGGAAGGCGGAGCUGGCGCGCGCCGACGAGAGCGUGGAUCGGCGCAGACAGUCGCGCAAGGGCGCCGCCAUCGAGCGCCCGAGCGGCAUCAGCGGCCGCUUCUACCUGGCCCUUCGACCCCAGGUUUACGACAGGUGGGAGGUCAUGCACUACCUCUGCGCCGCGCUGUGCCUCGAGGCGGACAUGUUCCAAGUGCUCGAGGAGUCCGUGGUGCCCGCGGACACCCGCAUGGACCAGCUGGUGGAGACCCGCGGCGAGCCGCUGCCGCCGUGCAGGGAGCGGAUGAGCUCCUUCGUGCGCGCGCUGCCGGAGAGCCGCCGCGACCCGCGGCCUCCCUCUGUGGACGAGCCGCCCCCGCAGGACGCGGACGAGGCCGCCGGCGCCUGCGCGCGCCAGGGCCCGCCUCCGGAGCACAGCCUGGUGCGCCUGGUGGUCGAGCUCACCCUGCCUGGAGACGAAGGCGAGCAGGAGGUGGUGGACAGGUUCGUGGGGAUGGUGCGCGACGGGGGGUCCCUGCUCGAGGACGUGGCGGUCGUCGGCGUGUGCGCACUGCGCGGCCGCCCCACCUUCCGCGGCCUGCCAGGCAGCGCCGCGUGGCCGGCCAGCCAGGCGAGGCUGGCGUUCACGAAGGCCUGCGACGUGUCGGGCCGCCACUGCGUGGUGACGGGCUACUGCACCGACAGCCCCCUGGCGCUGAAGCUCCUCGCGGCCGAGCACGGGAGCGAGGAGGUCUUCGUGCUGUGCCUGGGCGAGCUCGAGCUGCGCCGCCUGCUGGGCGCGCCCCAGGGCUCCCCCGUGGAGCUGCAGGGCGCCGCCGGGCUCGAGCUGCUGGGCAGGCUGAGCAUCGUCGAGUGCCUGGGGGGCAGGCCCGUGCUCGUCGCCACGUUCCCCGUCGACGCGCCCGCCACGGUGCUCAACGCCGCGCCCUCGCCGGCCCCCACGCCGGCGGGCGCGCCGGCGCUGGAGGCGGCAGGGCAGGCUGCCCCUGCCCCCCCUGGCGGCGAGCUCCAGGGCGCCAUCGCCCCCGUCGCCCUGGAGAUGCAGGGCUCGGAGCCGCCGGCCGCCGUGCGCCCCGCGCAGGCUCCCUGCGCCCGCCGGGGCCGAGCGCCGAGGGACACCGGGAGGUUGUCGUUCGAGGACGUGCUCGAGUUCGAGGAGCGCUUCUUCGUCCUGAGCGUUUCGGAGGAGGAGUCCACGGGUGCGCUGCACGUGCGGCUCCAGGAGUCGGGCACCUGCGCGGCGCUCGACGCGCUGCUGCCCGGUCGCCGCCAUGAGCGGCAGGAGAGGCCGGCGAGGCAGCUGCGGAUUUUCGCCCAAUCUCACGACUUCAGAGACCUCGUGCUCUUCCUGGCCAUAGAGGACAUCGCUGUGCCCCACGGGCUGAUGGUCCGCGUCGCACGUGGAGGCGCAGCGGGCUGGGAGCCCUCGACGUGGCGCGACCCGGGGCAGCGGGUGUACUGGCUGGGGCGCGAGGGGGGGCCCGUCUUCGGCGCCGGGGACGACGGCGCCGGCGCCGACGUCCACGUCGCCGUGGCGCCCCCAGAGCACCGCAGGUGGCUCCUCGACUUCGCGCGCUCGGAGACCUCGUAUGGCGAGGCGCAGCACGCCAGCGCGUCCGCCCGCUGCCUGCUGCAGCCCCGCUACGGCGCGGAGGGCACGCGCGAGGGCAUCGUGCUGCGCGCCGGCGCCGCGGGCGGCCACGCGGCCCGGGACGCGGAGGUGCUGAAGGCCUCCGCGGCCCAGUGGAGGGCCUCGGCGGAGCAGCCGAGCGGCCGCCUGCUGCUGCGGCGUGGGCGGAGGUUGCGGGCCCCCGACGGCGGCUCCGUGCUCUGCGUGCUGCUGAUCUGCGAGCAGGCCGAGCCACACCUGCACUUCACCGUGGGGGCCUACCAGGCCUCGGCGGAGGAGCAGGCCGCGGAGUGCCUCUCGGGCGACGGGCGCCACUGCCUGCUGCGCGCCGCGCGGCCCCUGCGGGGCCAGCCCUUCCACGUGUGGAUCUUCGACGAGCCGAGCGCCCCGAACGCCAUCUUUGCGCUGAAUAGCUUCCUCGUCGUUGCCCGCGGCGUGCCGGAGGGCAAGCUGCUGGCGUUGCGCCUGCAGGACGCCGACCUUGCCAAGGUGCUGGCGCUGGAAGAGCACGUGCUCCUCGACCCGGCGCAGCGCCCGGAGCUGCUGAGGCGCCUGGCCGAGGGCCUGGACCUGGGGCCGCAGUCGCCUUCCCGCGGUGCCAGCGCGGAGCAGCUGGUGGUGCAGGCGACCCGGACCUGCCCCGAGCCGCUGGAGCUGUCGCCCGACGAGGCCGGCGUGCUCGUAGGGCCGGAGCCCGGAGGUGCCCUCGGCCACACCGGCACGCGCCUGGCGAUCACCGACGGCAGCUUCGGCCGCGGCACCACCGGCCAGAUCAUGGGCAUGGAGACGACCCAGAUGUUCGGAGGCGGAGGAUAUGGCGAGGGCGGAGAGCAGUUGGUCGCCAGCAUCGGGGCAGCGGCGCUGCAUCCAGACUCCAUCCACACCCCGACCGGUCUGGAGCCCCUCAGUGCCCGCAAGCAGGCCACCCUGGGGAGCAUCCGGGUGGAUCUCGUGUUGCGGCUGGACGGCAGCAGGCGGGCGCACGUGCUCUCGAUCCGGCCCCGUGCUGACGAUGCAGAGUGCGCGGACGCCGUCGUGGAGGUGCAGAUGCCUGCUGACGGGGACCCGACCCGCGUGUACAUGGAGCACCGGGACCUGGCCGGCGUGCCCUGCGUCAUUGCGAUGUGGCAGCAGCCGUUCCCGCACAAGGUGGAGGCGGUCAUAUUCGACCCCAGGGCGCACGAAGAGGUCAGCAUCGCGGUCCAGGACGAGGAGAUCGUGCCGCUUGUGGAGCGCUCGGCGCGGGAGCACCUCAGCGACCUCAUGGAGCAGCUGCUGAGGGCUGGCUCGCUGGGCUCCAGCGCUCGGAGCGGCGGCGCGGAGCUCCACCGCCGCGUCCCGCGGGGCAGCGAGCUGUCCCCUCUGGACCCCACCGCACGCUGGCUGCAGAGGUACGUCCCCGUGAUCGCCGCGGAGCUGUCCGAGGGAGCUCCGCGGCUGCCCGGGAGCCCCUCCUCCAGCGGCGCGCGCGAGGCGCUCCUCUUCUCCUGCCGGCGCUACGUCGUGGGCCCCUCGCUCGUGCCCCCGAGCGCCGCGGAGCUGGAGGCCCUGCCCCUGGUGACGCUGUCGCUCCUGGAGGGCAGGGGGCCGGCGCGGGAGGCCCGCCGAGAGGUCACCCUCCGCAUCGAGAGGACGGACGGUCGACGGCGUGGACGAGAGGCACGACGUCCGCCUGCGCGGCAAGCUCGUGCCGCGGCCGCUCAGCCUGUACGCGGAGAUCCAGAAGGUCGGGGGCCUGCGCCUGCUGGUGCUCGCCCUCGACGACCACUCGCCAAGGGCCCUGCGGGUCGCGGUGCUCGAGCCGGCCAGCGGCUGGUCGUUCCAGGCCGUGGUGGCGGACGCGGCGGCCCUCCCGGAGGGCCCGCCGACCGCAUCGCCGUCCUCUGCGCGCGGCGAGGUCCUGCAGUUCUUCCGCCGCAGGCUGAGCAUCCGCGGAGGCCUGCCCGCGCCGCCGCCCGCCCCGUCGCAGCUCGCCUCGGCGGCCUCGACGGCGCCGCCUGCGAUCAUGCCCGAGGCGAUCUGCCUCAAGCGCGAAACCCGCUUUACCGCUGA